AUGUCUGUCUCCUCUCUUUUGUUUAAUACUCUUUUCUGUUUUCCUUCCUUUCACUCUUUCUCUCUCUCUUACUCUCUCUCUCUCUCUCUCUCUCUCUCUCUCUCAGUUUUCGCUCUUUUUUACUCUCUUACCAUUUCUUUUUUUUUUCACUUUUUUCCUUUGCUAAAGUUUAUCUCUUUUCCUCUCCAUCUCGGCCUAUUUUCUUUACACAUCCUCGCUUUUUCUUUCUCUUUAACUCCUCUCCGCAUUUGCACAGCUUUCACCCCUUUUCCCUUACUCUCUUUUCACCUCCCCUCCACUUUCUAUUUCUUUCUCCUUUCGUCUAUAGCUUACUUUUAUUUUCUUUGUGUCCCUUCCCUCUUUAUACUUCUCACUUUAUCCUUCUCUCUUUUUCUUCUCUCUUUAUGCUUCUCUCUUUAUCAUAAACUAUGUAUCCUACUCUCUUUAUUCUUUUCUCUUUCAGCCUUUAUCCUUCUCUGUUUGUUCUUCUCUAUGUAUCCUUCUCUUUUUAUGCCUCUCACUUUGUCCUUCUCUCAUUAUCCUUCUCUCUUUCUUCCUCUCUCUUUUCUUCUCUCUUUAUACUUCACUCUUCAUCCAUCUUUUUUUUUAACUCCCCUCUGUGUAUCCUUUCUCUGUUUAUCCUUCUCUCUUUUAUCAUAUUCUAUGUAUCCUACUCUCUUUAUUCUUCUCUCCUUAUCCUUCUCUCUUCAUUCUCCUCUCUUUAUCCUUUUCUGUGUAUCGUUCUCUCUUUGCCCUUCGCUCAUUAACCUUCUCUUUUUAAUUUUCUCUUAUUCAAUUUUUCUCUAUGCUUUUCUUUUUCCUUUUCUAUUUUUCUAUUUGUUCUUCUUCCUUUCCUCUUCUUUCUUUCCUGAUUUUUUUAAUUCCAUUCUCUCUAUACCCUCCAUCUUUAAUUUUCUUUUUCAUUCUUUACACAUUUUUCUCUUUCCCUUUCUGUCACACUUUUCUCUCUUUUUCAACACGUCUCUCUUUCUUUCUCUCGGCACGUCUAUUUCUUUUUAUUUUCCCCCUCGUUUUCUCUUCCUUUUUCUUCUUGUCUAUCCUCCCGUCCAUCUUAACUUCUGUUUUAAAGAUUUCCUGUAUGAAGUUUCCACAACUACAGGUCUCCGUCAAUUCCAUCAAGAUGGCGACCAUGUGGUUCUCUCAUCAAGGACGCCCCCUAUCGGUAGAGCUGCCAGUCACGGUGAUGGCUGCGUGGGGGCUUCGACAGGGUAA